UGUUUUCAAUUCUAGUCAUGUGCAGGUUAAGAGUGUUUGUUUUUUUAAUUUUAUUUUUCACAAAAAUUUGCGACGAAGUCGACGGCGUUUGUAAAUUAUCAUUGAAAAAUGAUUUCGGAAGUCCCUCGCCCGUUUAUUUGCACAAUGGCGACUUUUUGGCGCCGACCAAUACGUCAGGUGACAUAACGUUACGUCGUUCGGAAACUGUCCACGUAGCUUGCCCGGGGAAAAAUAAAUUCAUUGUUUUGGGAAAGAACAACACGGACUUCAAUGUUUUUGUCGUAAAAUGCGUAAAAGACCAAACUUUCCAAGGGACAAAAACCGCAUGGGUGGGCAACUUCAGCGAGAUCAACUGCAACGCGCCACCCUGGUUCACGACGGAAGAGAUCGGCGACUGUUACGAAGGAUAUAGAUUGUACAAAGUCGGAUAUGAAGUCGAAAAUGUCUUCUAUACGAUGUACGAAGCCUGUUUCAAUAAGUAUCUCCUACACACAUCGUACGUGAAGCAUCAAAUACACCCAAAAUAUAUAUAUUCGCAAUCCGGCGGCAGGCGACCAGGUUUCAUUGAAGGUGACUUAUUCGGUAAAACUAAAAUGAAUAAAUUAUACGCGACUGAGAAUCAAAAGAAACGAAUUAGAGAAAUCUUCGGCAAUGGGAAGGCAGAUCAGUACAUCACUAAAGAUCAGUAUUUAAAUCGCGGUCACCUCGCUCCGCGCGGGGAUUUUCCGCUGCGUGCACAGCAACGAGCGUCCUUCCACUACAUCAACGCGGCGCCGCAAUGGAUGCGCGGGAACGCGGGCGACUGGGCGGCCUUGGAGGACGCGGUGCGCCGUCGCGCAAUACGUUCAGAAACAUUGCUGCACAUAUAUACUGGCAGUCUUGGAGUGACGACUCUCUCUGACGAAACUUCCACUUACAAGGACUUCUAUCUCGACGUCGACGAAAAUAAUAACGGAAUACUUCCCGUGCCUAUGUAUUUCUUCAAGGUCGUAUAUGAUCCCAAAGAGAAAACCGCUGCAGUAUUUGUAUCAAUCAACUCGUCAUAUUACAACCAAACAAUGACAGACAGACUUACAUUCUGUAACGACAUUUGUGAACACAAUUCCAAGUAUUCGUGGUUGAAAUGGCGCUCGAAUGAUGGCACACACAGUUUUUGCUGUACAUAUGAAGAGUUCGUUAAUAAAUUUGACGUUUUACCAAAAUUAAAAGUUAAAGGGUUAUUUUUUUAAGAAAAUUAAAAUAUAUUAAAUUAUUAACGCUAACAGCUAGCAAAGAAUGCCAUUUUGGAAUUAAUAAAUAGUAAAUCUUUAAUUAAUUAUACUUUUUUUAUUGUUAUGUUGUUAGUUGGUACUGACAACGGUAUUUUUCGUAUUUGAAGUUGACACUUGACAGACCGUAUUCCCGCGCUUUUCUUAUGAGUUUUAAUAGUAAAAUCUAUUGACUGAUAUUUAUUAUGAUUAUAUAAAAUGCAAUAUUAAUAUAUGUAAUUCUACAAAAAAACGUCGUGUCGUCGGGUGUCGUUAAAAUACCGAUAUUGAUAGAUUUGAUAUCAGUCAAAUCGAACUCUUUAGUAUUUAAUAAGAUUUAAUUUUAGUAUAGCCAGUAUAUUUUAUAUUUAUUUCUUAGUUAAUUCAAUUAGAUGAAUCAUUAUAAAAAUCAGUCGUCCGAAUACUGUUGUAUUCUAUAGUAUCUAUUUCUAGGGAAAUGUCUAUCAACAUAAUGAUACCAGCUCAAACUGUG